AUGGUUGUGAAAGGGAAGCACCUCCUAAAUAAUUCAAGUGUCCGACGAUCUUUUCGUACUCGACCAUCAGUCCAAUUCCCUGUGAUUCUUGUGGAUCACCAUGACGUUAAGCUUUUUGGUGACGAUUCAUUCGAGGACGACUUCGCGUUGAGGUCUCCAUCUGCCCCAAAACCUCGUAAGAAGAAAAACGAACCACCUAAGGCCUUUUCCAAUGUAUCCAACUUACCAGCUAUUUCGGAACUUCACGAUGAUGAGCCCAUGCUUGAAAAACUAGUUGAGGAGAUAGACAUGGCAAAUGACUUCUCGUUGUACAUCGAAAAUGAGGAGGGAGUGCGAAUGAAAGCUGUGGGAGACAAGCUUGUAAGGUACGAUGAAUACUACGGGAAGAAAUCAAGCGAGAGUAACGCGGUAACGAAAUGCAAUGAGAAGACGAGCCUGACGCCGUCUGAACGGGAGCAUGAGUUCGACAAGUACCGGAAAGCCACGUUUGCCCUUGUUGGCCGCCGCCCGCCAUUGAAACCAAAAACAGCUGAUCCGAUCGAAGAACUAACUGAGCCAGAUUCUGUUGAGACACUUUUUGUGGGUGCUGUGGGCAAAGAAAAUCGAGAGUGCACAAAUGCUACUAACACUUCUACACUAACAACGACACCCCACGGUCGUGCAUCGAUGAUUCCAGGAAGACGGGAUAAUUCUAGUUCUGCAUUUGUAGAAGCCGGUGAUGCUGGUGUCACUCCAUUACAUCAUCGCACUUUCCGAAAUCUAUCUACAUCACCGUUGCCCGACCUUGAACAUAUGCAAGAACCAGGAUGUUCGAGCACGCCCAUGCUGGCGCAAUCGACACCACUCACUGAAAGGUUCAGUGGUUCAAGUCCAACUAAAUCCUCAUCAGGCGGAAGGGAUACCUUUGAUGGCGUCAGCGAUUGUGUUCUGCCAACAGUUCCAUCCGUUCACACACCUCCGCGUCGAUCAAAAGCUAAUGAAUCAGAUUCGUCACGUGAAGAUGAUCCUAUGGACGACUCGGACGAUUCAGAUUUGGUUGCAGCGUUCGACAGAUCUCUACAACUUUCCUCAGGUCACAAUGACUCUUGUGGAACAUUGGCUACGCUAGCGGAAGAUGUUCCCUUUCAGUGC